AUGUCCUUUUUUUCUUCCUACAGUGAUUCAGAAAAAGAGUAUUUUGCAAAAAGACGUCAGAUACGCUACUCAAAGAAAACAUUUGUCAAUCAACAAGAUAGUGAAAGUGAUGAUGAUGAGGAGGAGGAGGAGGAGGAGGAAGAAAUUGUCCCCCCAAGAAGAAAAAGACUUCCCCGUAAAAAAUCUAAAAGAUCUGUGGAAUCCGAGAAUUUUACUGAGUCUGAAUCUGAGUCUCAGGUGGAGCAACCAAAUAAAAAUAAAAAUAAAACUCAAGUUGGUAAGAUAAAAUCUAAUAGCAAAGAAAUCCAAAACAGUGAAACAAACAAUGAAAGGAAGAAUGGAAAUGACAAAAAUGGCAAAAAUAAUAUUGGCCACAAGAAGAAAAGAAAAGAUAGCAGCUCUUCUUCAUCAUCAUCAUCAUCUUCAUCAAGUUCAGAUGAAAGUCUUUCAGAGGGGGAGAGAGCAAGAAUAAUGGAACAAGUAGAAGAAAAGAAAAAACUCAUUUCUACUAUUAGAAACAAACCAUGGAGAAUGAAGAAGAAACUCCAUCUUAUCAACGAAGCACAAGAUUUUGUUGAAAAAUAUGAAGGGGCGCUGGGAAGAGGAAAAGGCAGAAAACUAUAUGCUUAUAAAGUAAUGAUGGCCAAGAAAUGGAUGAAAUUCAAAAGAGAUUUCGAAAAUUUUAAAACUGCAUGUGUUCCAUGGGAAAUGAAGAUAAAGGAAAUUGAAAGUCACUUUGGAUCAUCUGUUGCAUCAUAUUUUAUAUUUCUUAGGUGGCUCUACGGAGUAAAUUUAGUGCUUCUCAGCUUGGUGUGUGGACUCAUUAUCAUUCCAGAGCUCUUAAUGGGACUUCCAUAUGGAAGCAUGCCGAGAAAAACAGUACCAAGAGGUGAACAGGACACUCAAAUGGACUAUGGCGUGCUCAGUGAGUUUGGGGGAGUUUUAAAGUACUCACCUCUUUUUUAUGGCUACUAUAAUAACCAAAGGACAAUUGGCCCUCUGCAAUAUAGACUUCCACUAGCAUACUUUCUGGUUGGCUUUGGUGUUUUUGGAUACAGUAUAAUAGUUGUAAUAAGAACUAUGGCAAGAAAUGCAAAUGAAACAACUGCAGGUGGAGAUGAUGAAGUGUUUAUAUUCAGCUGGAAAAUGUUUACAAGUUGGGAUUAUCUUAUUGGAAACCCUGAAACAGCAGACAACAAGUUUGCAUCUAUAACAACUAGCUUUAAGGAAUCGAUUGUGGAUGAACAGGAAAAUACAAAAGAAGAAAAUAUUCAUCUAAGGCGAUUUCUUAUAGUCUUAGCAAAUGUUAUGAUUACCAUUUGUCUUGGAGGAAGUGGAUAUUUGAUUUAUUUUGUUGUAAAACGCUCACAGGAAUUCAAGAAAUUGGAUAAAUUAAGCUGGUAUCAAAGCAAUGAGGUAGAGAUUGUAAUGUCUUUGCUAUCAAUGUUUUGCCCUCCGUUGUUUGAAACAAUUGCUGCUAUGGAAAAUUUUCACCCUAGACUAGCAUUAAAAUGGCAGCUUGGGCGGAUAUUUGCCCUCUUUCUUGGAAAUCUAUACACCUUCUUGCUGGCUUUAAUAGAUGAUGUAAAUGGAAAGUUGGCUGAAGAAGAGACUGUACAAAACAAUACAAAAUGGAUCCUAUUCAACUACUAUAAUUUGUCUUCAGUUAAUGGUAGUACUCCACCACCUAUGAGUCCAGCUGAUGUCCCCAGAGGCCCAUGUUGGGAAACAACUGUAGGCAUUGAAUUUGUAAAGCUGACAGUAUCAGAUAUACAAGUGACUUACAUAACUAUACUUGUGGGAGAUUUUGGUCGUGCAGUGAUCGUCAGAUUUCUGAACUACUGUUGGUGCUGGGAUUUAGAAUCUGGCUUUCCAUCAUAUGCCGAAUUUGACAUUAGUGGAAAUGUACUUGGUCUCAUUUUCAAUCAAGGCAUGAUCUGGAUGGGAUCCUUUUAUGCUCCUGGCUUGAUUGGUGUGAAUGUAUUCCGUCUUCUGACAUCAAUGUAUUUACAGUGCUGGGCAGUAAUGAGCAGCAAUGUCCCACAGGAACGUGUUUUUAAGGCAUCAAAAUCAAAUAAUUUUUACAUGGCACUUUUAUUACUUGUUUUAUUCAUGAGUGUGCUUCCUGUUGUAUACACCAUAAUGUCUCUUCCCCCUUCCUUUGACUGUGGGCCUUUCAGUGGAAAAAUUAGAAUGUAUGAGAUUAUCCAAGAGACUAUUCAGAAAGAUUUGCCACCAUUUAUUAGCAAAGUGUUUGGUUACGCAUCAAACCCUGGACUGAUUAUAGGAGCUGUACUUCUUAUGGUUUUGGCUAUAUAUUACCUUAAUGCAACAUCAAAAGCUUAUAAGAAUGCAAACAUGGAUCUUAAAAAGAAAAUGCAGCGGCAAAGACAGGAUGAAAAGAACAAACGAAACAACACGGACACAACUGAUGAAACAAUGAAAGAUUUGGAAGAACUUCUUCCUCCUAGUGCGAGAUAUGGGAUGAAACGUGAGACUGAAGAGCCAGAAAAAACAGAAAAUCAAGCUCUAUCAAAGAAAAGCAAAAAUAUUACAUCAGACAAACAAACUCUACCUGCAUCAGCUGCACCUCGUUUGCUUAUAACAAAACCACUUGUUAAAAUAAACCAAUCUAUCUCAUCUGCCUAUCAAAGAACGAAUCCAGUGAUCCAACAACCAGGAAGAGGGAGAGGAGAAUACCGCCGCCGCUCAUAAAAUUUUGUUAAAAUUUAACAAACUUUGUUAGAUACUCUAUUAAAAGACACAAUCACAGAGGGAAAAUAAGUGUAGCUUUCAUGCGUGUAUUAGUGUAGAUUUACACAAAAUCUGACUUAUCAGUAUGGGGAAUGAUAGAGAUAGUAACAUAUGUUAUAUUAUGCUACUCUCAAGCACUAACAUAAUUAUAUGCUCCUAUUGAUGAAUACUAAUAGCUUUAUGUUUUAUGUAUAUAGAAAAAAACAUGUAUUUCUUUCUUACUCUCAUAAAACCAAAUCAGUAUUGGUAAUAUCAGUAAAAACCUCUCAGGAGUCUUAAAAUACACUGCUCCGCUCUGUACUUUAGUCACUUUAAUUGUUUACCUUUCUAAAAUAGUUUUAGCAAGACGUCUGCUCCAACAGAGAAUUAAGAAAAAACAUUUUACACUUUCAGUAAAACAAUCUCACUGCUGCAAAGACCCAACCUCCAACUGAUCUUUGCAUGGUUAUUUCAACCUAUGACCUUGUAAGUUUUCUGGCCAUACUUGGAAGAGUUAUGCUGCUUGCAAACUUUCAAAUGGGACCGUGUACCAGUUACCAUCACCUAUACAGAGUGAUUCUGCAGAAGCAGUCAGAAUAGUCAGGAAGUUUUAUAAGUUUACUGAUCAUCUUUAAAAUGUUAUCUGUCUAUUGUAACCCGUGCUUAAAGGCUCAUGAAACCCACAUUUUUCUUUCAUAAUUUAGAAAGAGAAUGUAAUUUUAAACAUCUUUCUAAUUUACUUAUAUUAUCUAAUUUGUUUAUUCUCUUGAUAUUGUUUGCUGAAAAGCAUAUCUAGAUAUGCUCAGUAGCUGCGGAUUGGUUGCUGCACAUAGAAGCCUGGUGUGAUUGGCUCA